CUGACCUGCCAUCCACCACCAGGACACUCCUGAAGACACCCAGGGAGGUCAGGAUCACAUCAAAGUCUGGUAUGGAGUAUGUCCAUUUUCCCAUCAAGGACAAAUUGCACCAGACUCUAUUGAGAUACCCAGCAGACCAGGUCCCUGACUGUGUUGAUCUUUCCUUCAACAUAGAUGGGCUACCUCUGUUUAAGAGCUCAGGAAGAACAAUGUGGCCCAUCCUUUGUGCUGUCCAUUUAAAGCCAGUGUCAGUCUUCCCCAUCACCCUGACUUGUGGAGGUGCGAAGCCACAGAAUCUAGAAUUCCUGGAAGACAUGGUGAUGGAUGUCAACAACCUCCUGUCCAGUGGCCUGCAACACAGGAACAAAACAAUUAAAUUCAACAUUCUAUGUUUUGUGUGCGAUGCUCCUGCGAAGGCCUUUGUGAAGAAUGUUAAGCUUUGCACAGGCUAUUAUGGGUGUGACCAGUGUGUUCAGAGGGGUGAGUGGUAUAAUAAAGUAACUUACCAAGACACAGAGGUGGUGGCUCGUAGCGAUGACUCCUUCCGCCAACAGACACAGGGCGAGCAUCAUCAUGGGAGCACCCCGCUUUUGGAUUUGUCCAUAAACAUGAUCAGAGCAUUUCCCAUCGAUUACAUGCACCAGGCAUGCUUGGGUGUAAUGAAGAGGCUUCUCUUCAUGUGGUGCAGAGGAGUGAAGGGCCUCAAGAUGUCAGCAACCCAAAUAGAGGAAGUCAGCAGCAGGCUCACCAACCUCCGUCCACACAUCCCUUCCAGCUUCGCUCGCAGACCGAGAGAUCUUAAAGAGCUGGAGAGAUGGAAGACCCGUGUCACCCCCGUGUCCGACCCGACCCGACCCGCAUCCGACACAGUAGAAUAUUUUUCACCCGUUUCAUCAAAAUGUGCGGGUCACCCAUCGGGUACCCGAACCCGUGCAGGACUCUGA